AUGACGGAUGAAAAUAAUACUGUGAGUGAUAAUUCAGAUUUAGAAGAUGUUAGUACUCAAGAACUUCGUGGCUAUUUAAGCAAAUGGACUAACUACAUACAUGGCUGGCAGGAUAGGUUUAUUGUUUUGAAGGAUUCUACGUUAUCCUAUUACAAAAGCGAGUUAGAAAGCAAUCUUGGAUGUCGUGGUGCACUAUGUUUAAAGAAAGCUAAAGUCAAGCCUCAUGAAUUUGAUGACUGUAGAUUUGAUGUAUCAGUUAAUGAUUGUGUUUGGUAUUUGAGAGCUACGAGUCCAGAAGAAAAACAACAAUGGAUUGAUGUCUUGGAAUCAUUCAAAGUUGAAUCAGGGUAUGGUACCAGUUCCGACAGCAGUUCCAAUGGGGGUGGUUUACGGAGACAUGGUUCAGUUACGUCAUUACAGUCUACAGGCUCACAUGGUCGAACAUCACGUCGGCUUGCAGAGAAGAUAUCAGAAUUGGAAACAUACUCAGAGUUACUAUCAAAACAAGCACUCCAACUGCAGAAUUACUUUGACAUGUGUGUGUCAACUUACCCACAGAUACAUGAUGAUGCCUGUGAGGCCAUUGAUGCUGUGAAGCUUGCUGAUGGUGUAGGUCUAAAGCAGCACACAGAAGAGGUGCGUGCGACGAGCGCCUCAAUCCGGGCCACGUGUAGCGCGGCGCUGCUCGCGGUGCAGCACUGCGCGGAGCUGCUCAAGCGCAGGGAGAAGCAGGCCAGGCAGGCGGAGGAACUGUACAUGGCAUUGAAGAAUCAGUUAACAGAAGUAAGGCUAGCAUCAAAACCCGGACCAGACCAUGAGGAAGGGCCACACUCCACAUUGCCAGAUGACGAGUUCUACGAUGCGGUGGAGACUGGCUUCGAUAAAAUGGAGGAGGAGCGGUGCGCGCGAGUGGCGCCGCCCGCUGAAGUGACGCGCGAUGAGGUAGAACUGCCGCCGCCGGUCAUCGACAACCGACUCACAGUUCACUCCCUAUGGCCUGAGAUUGAUAGGAUAUCAACAGAACAAAUUCAGGCGGCAUUUGAAGGUGUUGGUGGUCAGAUAGGCUGGCAGUUGUUCGCUGAGGAGGGCGAUAUGAGAAUGUAUAGGAGGGAAAUGGAAGUCGACGGCAUGGUGAUGGACCCCCUGAAGGCGAUGCACAAGGUGCGCGGCGUGUCCGCGCGCGAGAUGUGCCAUUAUUUCUUCAACCCGCGCUACAGAUACGAGUGGGAGACGACACUAGAAACAAUGAACAUAGUGGAGGCGAUAUCGUCCGACGCGAUCGUGUUCCACCAGACGUUCAAGCGCAUCUGGCCGGCGUCGCAGCGGGACGCGCUGUUCUGGUCGCACGCGCGCGCCGCGCCGCACCACACCUACGCCGUCACCAAUCAUUCCACUACCAACGAUAGUUAUCCGAGCAACUCCGGCGCGUGCAUCCGGCUGUUCGUGACGGUGUGCCUGGCGUGCCGCACGGCGUGGCCGCCGGGCGAGGCGCCCUCGCGCGCCAACAUCACCACCAGCGUCGCCUACUGCAGCACCGUAAAUCCUGGCGGGUGGGCGCCGGCAGGAGUAUUACGUGCCGUGUACAAACGCGAAUAUCCCAAGUUCCUCAAACGAUUUACCAACUACGUGGUCGAGCAAUGCCGCGGGAAACAACUGGUCAUG